GUGCUGCAUUUCCCCCGCUCGACUACCUGACUCCGAGGUCGCAGGCGGCGCUACUUGCGGGCGAGCCCGUUCUCAGAGGUGCCACGUCAGCACCGGCGUCUCUCUCACCCGCCACGUGGCUGCCGCUAGGACGUUCCGGGCCUACUCCUGGAGCGCCACGUGUCGUCAGGACAGCGGGGUUUAGACCAGGAGCGGCGGUGGCGGCGGCAGCGGGGGGAAGGGGCGCGAGCAGGGGGGGGGACAGAGUGUCAUCCGGUGCCGCUCAGCAGCAGGUGCUGCUGGCGUCAGUAUCCCAGUCCACGUCAGCACCACCUCCCGUGCGCCCAUCACAGCCGUCCUCUUACCCGGGCACGCCUCUCAUGUGGGUGGGCGUGGGCGUGGCUCUCUCACUCUUUGCCUCCUGGGGCUCCAAGUUCGUCAUGCAGCGCAUGCAGCAAGCCAUGAUGAAGCAGAUGCUCAAUGCCAUGCAAUCCGGAGGGGGCCCGGGCGGCGCGGCCAAUCCGUUUGCGGCAGCUGGCAUGGGCGGCGGCGCCAACCCAUUUGCGGCCAUGGGAGGCGGUGACAACCCGUUUGCGGCCAUGGGCGGCGGAGGAGCAGCAAACCCCUUCGGUGGCAUGCCCUUCCCACCACCAGCAUCACCCUCCUCCUCCUCUCCCUCGUCCGCCUCCUCUGGGUCGUCCAAGGCUAAACCCUCCUCCACAGCCGCUAAGGCGUCUGCAGCAGUGGUGGACGUUGCAGCAAAAGUGGCAGAUGCUAAACCAGCAGCCGCUGCUGCAGCUGCUCCCUCUACCACCACCAGCACCAGCAGCACUACCAGCAGCAGCAGCAGCAGCAGCAGCCCUGCUUCAGCAGAGGAGGAGGCGGAGAGCAGCAGCAGCAAGAAGAAGAGCUUCUUUCAAGACGCUGAGGUGGUGGAGGAGCUAUCUGGGGGAGGCUUCUCCUGGGGGAACACCGGCAGCAGCGCCGGCAGCAGCGGUGGCAAUGCGUCGAAUGCCACUUGGGACACUUCGACCAACUCGUUUGCCAAUGGGGGAGCUGGCGGGGCUAAGGGAAAGAUGACAGUGGAGGCGCUGGAGAAGAUGCUCGAGGACCCCAUGGUGCAGAAAAUGGUCUUCCCGUAUCUGCCAGAGGAGAUGAGAGACCCGGCCACCUUCAAGUGGAUGAUGCAGAGCCCCAUGUACCGCCAGCAGCUAGAGAGCAUGCUCGACAACAUGGGCGGCACGGGCUUUGAUGACAGAGUCCUGGACAUGAUGAAGAGCUUCGACCUCAACAGCCCCGAAGUCAAGGACCAGUUCUCCCAGCUGGGCAUGUCACCAGAGGACGUGGUGGGUAAAAUCAUGUCCAACCCAAAGCUCGCCGCUGCCUUCCAGAACCCCCGCCUGCAGGCUGCCAUCCUCGAUGUGUCCUCCAAUCCCGUGAACUGGACCAAGUACCAAAACGAUGCUGAGGUGAUGGAGAUUUUCAACCAGAUCCAGGAGCUCUUUGCCCCACGCUGA